GCCUCCUUUUCCCACCUCCUCCCACCCAAUCCCCUUCCCCUCCUCUGCUUCCACUCUUCUCCUCCACCUCCAAGAACCCCGCAUCCAUCCAUGGCCACCACCGCCCUCUGAUCCGAUCGAUACUGAUCAGCCAGUAGCUAUGCUGGGUUCGGACCAGCUCGAGCACCGCCCGGCGCCGUCGGCUCCCCGCGCCGAGCCGGACGAUGUCGCCGACGACGUGGAGGUGGAGGCGUUCCGGGACAUCCACCCGGAGCCGUCGCCUCCGCAUCUACCGCCGCCGCCGCUCAGGCAGCCGUCGUGGGACGCCGCGAGCCACCGCUCGCUGUCGUCCUCCGGCGCGGGCGGCGGCGGCGACGUCGAGCUGUUCGCCACCAUGAGCCGCGAGUUCACCGCCAUGGUGGCGGCCGGGUCGUCGUCCGCGCCCAGCCCCGACGUUCCCGGCGACGCCCCCGCCGCCGCCGACCUGAACCUGCUGCAGCUGGCGCGCAUCGGCGAGAACGAGCCGGCGGCCGAGGCGAACGCGCUCGCCAUCGUGCCGGCGGCGGCGGGCAGCGGCCCGCCGGCGCCGGUGGAGCAGGUGAAGAAGGAGGAGGUGGAGGCGAAGGUGGCGGCGUGGCAGGCGGAGGAGGUGGCCAAGAUCAACAACAAGUUCAAGCGCGAGGAGGUCGUCAUCAAUGGCUGGGAGAGCCAGCAAGUCGACAAGGCCACCGCCUGGCUCGCCAAGAUCGAGAGGAAGCUGGAGGAGGAGCGGGCGAAGGCGACGGAGAAGGCUCGCAACGAGGCGGCGGCGGCGCGGCGGAAGGCGGAGGAGCGGCGGGCGUCGGCGGAGGCGCGGCGCGGGAGGAAGACGGCAGAGGUGCUCGACCGUGCCAACUUCUGCAAGGCCGCCGGCAGGGUGCCAUCCAAGCGCUCCUUCUUCUCCUUCUAAAGUUCUAACCAAAGCUAGCUAGCCUUGCUCAAUUAUAUCAUCUCUAGCUAGCUAAUUAUGAUUAUUACUUGUUUUCUACUUAAUUGAUCAAUCAAUUUCACAUCAUCUUCUUCUUUGCAUAUGGUUGAUCAAGUAGCUCUAUUGCUUCUAUAUAAUCAUGAUAUAUGUUGUAUAUAUAUGUGUUACUUAAUUCUGUAGAAAUGUGUGCUUAGUUUUGUAUUGUAAACAUUCAGAGUUCAGAGGAGUGUUCGCAAAGUAGUGAUUUGUACUGACCUUAUAGAACAUAAUGCUAAUGCUUAAUUACUUAGACUGUCCUA